AUGUCGUCAGUCUCAGGUUGUUCUGGUGGUGGGUGGACGAUGGUAAUGAAAAUUGAUGGAAGCAAGAGUACCUUUGGAUACAGUUCUGGUUAUUGGUCGUCCAAGACCACUUACAAUGACAAUGACUAUGGAAGAAACGGAGGUUUUGACAAGCGAGAGUUCAAAGGAUCAGCAUAUUGGAAAACGUCAUUCAAUGAAAUUUGUGUCGCGAUGAAACAUGGUAGUCAACUAAGAGCCAUCUCUUUCUCGUACCCAGCAUCGUCCUUGUAUGAUCUGAUCGCUGACGGCAGGUAUCGUGAAACUCACGUCGGUCGUUCACAAUGGAAACAGCUCAUCCAAGGAUCAUCUUUACAGCAUAAUUGCAAUAAAGAAGGAUUUAACGUGAACCCUUCCAAUUAUGAUGGAAUACUUCGGUUUGGCAUCCUUGGAAACGAGCAAAAUGAGUGCAACUCUCCCGACUCUUUCCUAGGCCUGGGUGCUGAUGAGCAGUUUAGGUAUUGCCUCCCUGGACCUUCUCGUAACGCCGCUGGCAAUGUUGGUACGUGUUUAUCAGACAACGGAGACAAGAAUAUUAAAGCAAUGGGAUACAUACUGGUCCGUUAACUGAACAAACACAUCUUGGAUUUUAUUACUUUCCUUUCAGUGUCAAAGCCAAUUAACUGAUGUUCUUAUUAUCACUAGUAUAUAGAUUUAAAAGGUUGUAACUUUGCUUAUUAUCACUAGUAUAUAGAUUUAAA